UUUCAUUUGUUUUGGCUAAUAACAAUGAAUUGAAACUAUUUUCAGUUUAUCCUCUGUGAACUGCAGCUUCAGUUCUUCAACCCCAUCAAAUAGAUCCCACGAAAGCACCAAGAGAAACUCUCUAGCUGAGAAGGGAAAAACAAACCAUUUACUAUUUCGAGAAUUCCCACGCAGAAAAGAAAAAGAAAAAACCCAGAAAUUUGAAGCCAUGAAACAGUUACAUAAGCAAUCAAGCGUGAACCAUAGGCGAGAUGAGGAAAUGUCAAUACCCCAAGCGCCUCCUUACUCGCCCAAAAACUUGAAAUACCCCAGAUCUCUCCCUAGAUCCAUUAACUAUCUCUUCAAGGAACAACGGCUUUUGUUUAUCUUUAUCGGCAUUUUAAUCGGCUCCACUUUCUUCAUCCUCCAGCCGACUCUCUCUCGUUUAGCCCCAUCCGAGACCCGCCCUUCCAUCCCCAGAUCUUUCUCCAAAGAUGACGUCAUUUCCCACACCCAAGACUUCUCCGUUUCUACAAAGCCGGUUCACGGCAAGGUGGGUCGGGUCCCCGUUGGGAUCGGCCGGCGGAGAAUGAGGAUCGUAGUCACCGGUGGGGCUGGCUUCGUUGGGAGCCAUCUCGCUGAUAAGCUUAUUGGAAGAGGCGAUCAAGUGAUUGUUAUAGAUAAUUUCUUCACCGGGAGGAAAGAAAACGUGGUUCAUCUUUUCCGGAACCCGAGGUUCGAACUCAUCCGACACGACGUUGUUGAAUCGAUUCUCUUGGAAGUGGAUCAGAUCUAUCACUUAGCUUGCCCUGCUUCUCCGGUUCAUUAUAAAUACAAUCCGGUCAAGACCAUCAAGACAAAUGUGAUGGGCACUCUUAAUAUGUUGGGGCUUGCAAAGAGAGUUGGGGCCAGGUUUUUGCUUAGUAGCACGAGUGAGGUUUAUGGCGAUCCCCUUCAGCAUCCCCAGAAAGAAACCUAUUGGGGAAAUGUGAAUCCAAUUGGGGAGAGGAGUUGCUAUGACGAAGGAAAAAGAACUGCCGAAACCUUAACCAUGGAUUAUCAUCGAGGUGCGGGUGUGGAGGUGCGAAUUGCUCGUAUUUUCAACACUUAUGGUCCUCGAAUGUGCUUGGAUGAUGGACGUGUCGUUAGCAAUUUCGUUGCUCAGGCCAUUCGAAAGCAGCCAAUGACUGUUUAUGGUGAUGGGAAACAAACACGUAGCUUCCAAUACGUUUCUGAUUUGGUGGAUGGACUUGUUGCUUUAAUGGAAGGUGAGCACAUAGGACCUUUUAAUCUGGGCAACCCGGGAGAGUUCACUAUGCUUGAAUUGGCCGAGGUUGUCAAAGACACAAUCGAUCCAAGUGCAACGAUAGAAUAUAAACCGAAUACUGCAGAUGAUCCACAUAUGAGGAAACCGGAUAUCAGCAAAGCAAAGGAGCUGCUGAACUGGGAGCCAAAAAUCCCCCUGAGGGAAGGGUUGCCCCUUAUGGUGAAUGAUUUCCGGAACCGCAUUUUGAACGAAGGUGAAGGGAAAGGAGCUUAAAUGCAAAAUGAAGAAAUAAUGCAACAAGUAUGUAUAGUGCGAACGACAGGUGUGUUUUGUCAAUUCAUUUCAUUAUUAUUAUUAUUAUCAUCCGUGAUCUAUGUUACCUGAAAAAAUUAGCAGUUUCAGCUCCUCUAUAACAAGAUAUGUUCUUUCCUUUUAUGAUAAUCAGCUCCCAUUGUUCGCAUCUACAUUGUGUAGUUCUUAAUAAUAAUUAGGGUUUUUUUCUC